UGUAAGCCACGUCAAUGUCCAGGCUGUAAAAAAUUUCAUUUUUCAUAGAAACUAAUAAAUAAUUUUUCUCCAAUGUUCGUAACUUAAAUUGACAGUAAAUCGAGGGAGCUAUGAUAAUUAUUUUGAACGCCAAAAUUUUAAUGUCUCGAAUUGAAUUUUGAAUAAAAAAGUGUCCCUUUUGUUUCGUCGCCACACCCGAUCUUUCCAUUUAUCAGUAUAUAUAUCCCUACGAACAUUCCUUGAAAAUGGAAGGUCGUUUUGCUCGUCGCGAUAAAUGAGAGAGCAAACGCUGUUUAAGGAAGAAAACAGAAGGAAGACAAGAGCAAUUUGUGAGAAAUGGAUUCAGAGAUUGAUUCAUUGGCGCUGGACGCUCUGGAUGAAGACAUUCUGGACAAAACAUUGAGCGCUCCUUUUGAUGAGACAGAACCCAUUAUGCCAACGUUGGAAUCACUAAGAUCUAUAAAUAUUGAAAACAACAAUGACAAGGAUCCUCGUAGUGAAGAACUGAAAUUACGAUUGACCAAUGCUUUGAAAACACUGGAACAAUUUGACGAGCUAAUUGACUUGAACACCAGUUUGGAUAAUUCGGAUGUUCCUCUGAGAGAUAAUGGUGACUUGCCUGCUGAAAAAUUAGCACCGCAUGUUCAAGAUGAUGUUAAAAAUAUAAUAUCGUCUGCAGAAGAUUAUAUAAUGAAACUAGAAGAUCAGUUGGGAGAUCUCGACAUUGCUGAUGAACAGAUUAUUAGAAAUGCAAACAGGGUAGCCCAAGAAAUAGAUUGCACGUAUCAAGAUUUGAUGAACAGAAUUUGUCGAGAGAUAAACAAAAAACGAGAUCUAUUGAGACUGGAAGCUGAGGUUUACAUGAAUGAGAGUCUUGGUCCAUUAAAAGCUUGCAGACAUCAAGUCAAUGCUCAAAUAAAGAGCAGUCGAAGCUUUGUAGAUGAGCUUCGAAGGGCUUUGAGCAAUACAAGCAUGGGGAAACUUCAAGAAGGCAAAUUCAAAGAAGCCAGCAGUAAUUUAGGAAGAAUUCCAGCAGUGCCACAGCCAGAAGAGCUUCCAUACGUAACGUUCAGUCCACCAUCGAAAAGUAUCGUCGACACGACCAUAAAAGAAAUCUCCGAGCUCGGAAGUGUUUUACGGAUGGGACCAGCGGAAAUCACCGAGAUAGAAGAAAGACCGGGGUCUCUGUUUGUCAAAUGGCACAUAGCAGAUCCGGAAUAUGCAUCGGAGGAACAAAAUUUCGUAGUGCAAAAAGCGAGUGGCGAAAUUUACGACGUGACUUCCGAUUCUUUCGAGACAGUCUACGAGGGCCCUGAAACCACGUGUUUCGUCAGAGAUCUUCGAGUCGAUCAACCUGUAACUUUAAGAGUUGGAUUGUUAUCAAUGGAAACUGCUUGGAGCGUUCAUCGUUUUGCCAAAACAAAAAUAUCACCGUACAGUUGGACUCUGGAUAACAAGGACUACAUGAUAACGAACAACGGAAAGGUCGCUGCCAAAAUCACAGAUCGAACGAGUACUUUGUUUUCGCAAAAUCCUCAAGUGGAUUCUAAUCAGAUAAUCGAAUUCAAGUUUUUAGAAGUCUCACAAGACAGCAGAGACAACGAGGGGAUAGCGUUGGUGUCAGAGAAAAUGGGAAUUGAGGACGAUCUAAGAAAAUAUGGAAAUUUGGUGAUAACACCGUUGGGUAAAAUUUUUAUGGACGGUGAAGAAAAAUUAAUGAGAUUGCCAAGAAUACGUUUGGGUACGAGAAUAAUAUUUAUCAUACACCGAAAGGACGACGAAACGUUGAGAAUAAAUAUAGAGUCCGGUGAAAAAGCUGUUACGUACGAUUGGAACGUACAAACACCUUUAUACUUUGCUGCCCGAUUUCACGAUUUCAACAAAUGGAAUCUCAUGGUUAAAUAGAAGAAGAAUGUUGUCCAGAACAUUUUAUCGUUUAUUUACAGAUUUACGUCCAACGUGUUUGUUUACUUUUUUAUAUCUUAUUAUCGUUAUAUAUUUAAAUUUAUAAUAAAAAACAUCAGAGUCAUGUGCCUUAUGAGAAAA